GUCAUGUGUCGUUCCCUCCCUCUCUGACUCUUUUCGUCGGCAAGGCUGCACUAAACCUACCCAAAACAACACACCAGAAAACAACCAUGUCUGACAAACUUAACUACAAAGUUGCUGACAUCAGCCUGGCCGACUGGGGGCGUAAGGCUAUCGACAUCGCAGAGAACGAGAUGCCGGGUCUGAUGAAGAUGAAGGAGAUGUACGGUCAGUCCAAGCCGCUGAAGGGCGCCCGCAUCGCUGGCUGCCUCCACAUGACCCUGCAGACCGCCAUGGAAGGUUAUGAGGUGACCACCAUGGAUGAAGCUUCAAAGGAAGGAAACAUCUUCGUCACCACCACCGGCUGCGAGGACAUCAUCGUGGGACAUCACUUUGAGAGCAUGAAGGACGACGCCAUUGUGUGCAACAUCGGACACUUUGACUGUGAGAUCGACAUAAGCUGGCUCAACAAGAACGCUGCAGAGAAGAUCAACAUCAAACCUCAGGUGGAUCGCUACCGGAUGAAGAGCGGCCGUCACAUCAUCCUCCUGGCCGAGGGCCGCCUAGUGAACCUGGGCUGCGCCAUGGGACACCCGUCCUUCGUCAUGAGCAACUCCUUCACCAACCAGGUUCUGGCUCAGAUCGAGUUGUGGAAGAACACCGACAAAUACCCCAUCGGAGUCCACUUCCUGCCCAAGAAGGUGGACCUGCUCUACAAAUAA